AUGAAAAGAUCGCUGGUCCUAUCGACAAGUCCAGUAGCAUUGAUCUCCGCGAUGCAGUCCUCGACCGAAAGAUCGUUUGAACUAUGUCUCCGAGUGAACGACUGUAGUUCUGCGAACAAGUCAGCCAUUCGAUCUACUGACGUUGAGAUAGCUCGUGCUCCGUAUUUUUUUUUGCCCUUUUCCGAAGGCGAUGUGGACUUACGCUUGCUACCACUUCGCCUGCUCGAUCGUGACUUACGUGCAGUUGAAUUUCCAAUUUAUGGUUCAUCACUGGACGAACUGCUUUCAAGAGAUCAGCAAUGGCUAAUUAACUGUUUGAGUGCCUCUCUCGAUCCCAACCAUCAAGUCCGAUCGUUCGCCGAAACUUCGCUCCAACAAGCGUCGCUUCAGCCAGGUUUUGGAGUGGCUUUAGCUAGCGUUGGUGCGAACAGGGAGCUCCCAAAUGGAUUGAGGCAGUUAGCGGUGGUUCUGCUAAAGCAGUUUAUUAAGAAACACUGGAAUGAGGACGAGGAAGACUUUGAGCAUCCUGUGGCUUCGACUGAUGAAAAGGCAUCAAUACGUAGAUUGCUUCUAUCAUCAUUAGAUGAUCCUUACAAGAAAAUCUGUACAGCAGUUAGUGUAGCUGUGGCAUCAAUUGCACAAUACGAUUGGCCAGAUGAUUGGCCUGAGCUAAUGCCUUUCCUUCUAAGUUUGAUCAACGACCAAACUAAAAAGAAUGCUGUUCAUGGGGCUUUAAGAUGCUUAGCUCUUAUUUCUUCAGACAUGGAUGAUAAGCUGGUUCCAGAAAUUGUGCCUGUUCUGUUCCCAUGUUUGCACCUAAUUGUGUCAUCCCCUCAGAACUAUGACACGUAUCUUCGGUCAAAAGCUGUUACCAUAGUUUAUAACUGUACCUCCAUGCUAGGGGUCAUGAGUGGUGUCUAUAAGACAGAUACAAGUGAAUUGAUGCUGCCCAUGCUCCAGCCUUGGAUGGAUCAGUUUUCUUCUAUUCUAAAUCAUCGAGUGCCAGCUGAAGAUCCUGAUGACUGGAGCAUUAGAAUGGAGGUUUUGAAGUGCUUGAGUCAGUUCAUUAAGAAUUUCCCUGGCCUAGUUGAAACUCGGUUUAUAGUCAUUGUGGGGCCAUUAUGGCAGACAUUUGUAUCAUCUCUGGAAGUGUAUCAGCGAUCAUCAAUUGAAGGUGCAGAAGAUCCUUACGAUGGAAGAUAUGAUUCUGAUGGUGCAGAAAAAAGUCUUGAGUCGUUUGUCAUCCAGUUAUUUGAGUUUCUAUUGACCAUUGUUGGAAGCCCGAAGUUUGUGAAGGUUGUUGCAAACAAUGUCAAAGAGUUGGUGUACUAUACCAUUGGUUUCCUUCAAAUGACAGAACAACAGGUACAUACCUGGUCUCUCGAUGCUAAUCAAUAUGUUGCUGAUGAGGAUGACAACACUUAUAGUUGUCGUGUUUCUGGUGCCCUUCUAUUGGAAGAGGUCAUCAGUUCAUGUGGGGCGGAGGGAAUACAGGCUGUAAUUGACUCUGCAAAAAGACGAAUUAGCGAGUCUCAACAAGGGAAAGACAGUGGUUCUCCAGGCUGGUGGAGAUUACGGGAGGCUAUCCUUUUUGCUUUGGCUUCCGUUUCAGACCAGUUGCUUCAAGCAGAGGUUUCCGCUCUUGGUAUAGGAAAUAUAUUAGAGCAAAUUUUAACUGAAGACAUGGCAACAGGAGUACAUGAAUAUCCCUUUCUUUAUGCCCGAUUGUUUUCAUCCGUUGCAAAGUUUUCCUCUGUGAUCAACCAUAGAGUAACCGAACAUUUUCUCUAUGCUGCUAUUAAGUCACUUGGCAUGGAUGUACCCCCACCAGUGAAAGUUGGUGCCUGUCGAGCUCUUUCCCAGCUCCUACCAGAUGCGGACAGAGGAAUUCUUCGUUCUCAUGUGUUGGAUUUAUUUUCUUCACUUACAGAACUUCUUAACAAUGCGUCUGAUGAAACCAUGCAUCUUGUCCUUGAAACCCUACAAGCAGCUGUGAAGGCUGGUCAUGAAUUUUCAGCAUCAAUAGAGCCAAUAAUCUCUCCUAUUAUCCUUAAUAUGUGGGCGUCACAUGUCUCAGACCCUUUCAUAAGCAUUGAUGCUCUAGAGGUUCUUGAGGCAAUAAAAAAUGUUCCGGGUUGUAUUCAUUCUCUGGUUUCUCGAGUUUUACCUUAUAUUGGUCCAAUUCUCAGUAAUCCUCUCCAACAACCUGAUGGUUUAGUUUCUGGUUCACUGGAUCUUGUGACAAUGCUAUUGAAGAACGCUUCUAUUGAUGUCGUAAAAGCAGUAUAUGAAGUUUCCUUUGAUCCUGUCAUUAGGAUAAUCCUUCAGAGCGAUGACCACAGUGAAAUGCAGAAUGCAACCCAAUGCUUAGCUGCUCUUGUGUCUGGUGGGAAACAAGAUUUACUUUCUUGGUGUGGUGAUCCUGGAUUUACAAUGAGGAGUUUGCUUGAUGUAGUUUCUAGGCUUUUAGACCCUGAUUUAGAAAGCUCUGGAUCACUUUUCGUUGGUAGCUACAUUUUACAACUUAUAUUACAUCUUCCUUCACAAAUGGCACAGCAUAUCAGAGACCUUGUUGCUGCUCUUAUUAGACGCACGCAAUCUUGUCAAAUUUCUGGACUGAAAAGUUCACUGCUGCUCAUUUUUGCUAGAUUGGUCCAUAUGAGUGUCCCACACAUUGGACAAUUUAUUGAUCUGCUGGUCUCGAUCCCAGCUGAAGGCCAUAUAAACUCCUUUGCUUAUCUAAUGUUUGAAUGGACUAGGCAACAAGGUGAAAUUCAGGGUGCUUACCAAAUGAAAGUAACCACUACAGCUUUGGCUUUAUUGCUAUCGACUAGAAAUGUGGAAUUAGGAAAUGUCAAUGUCCAAGGACAUCUGAUUAAGACUGCUAUGGGUAUAACCACUCGUUCAAGAGCUAAAGAAGUUCCAGAUCAGUGGACAUUGGUGCCACUUCCUACAAAGAUAAUGGCCAUAUUAGCGGACACAUUAAUUGAAAUUCAAGAACAAGUCUUAGCUGGUGAAGAUGAGGAUACUGAUUGGGAGGAAGUCGAAACUGAGGAUGCUGAAACAGACCAAGAUUUAUUAUAUUCAGCUAGUGCUAAAUUACAUGGCAGACCUACAUAUGAAUAUCUUGAUGCCAUGGCAAAGGCUUUCAAUGAGGAUGAAGAUGAAGAGUACGAAGAUGAGCUUUUUAGUGGUGCUGAUCCACUUAACGAGAUCAAUCUGGCUAAUUAUCUUGUAGAAUUUUUUGCGAAAUUCUCCCAGAGUGACAAGCCAUUUUUUGAUCAUCUUUUCCAGAGUUUGACGAAGGCACAGCAAACUGCUAUUCAAAUGGUUUUAAAGAGAUGA